AUGUUGACAAAACGAGUUUUCUACCUGAACAUUAACUGUCAAGCAGUGAUGUCAUGUCACCAUGGUAUUCGAUGCACACAACAGGAAUGCUUAUAUUCUCCAAGUCAUUGGUCAACAAUCUCAAAAUCACCGGAAUUGGUUAUCGAAACAUUCAUCAUCAAUUUGCAGUCCUGCUAUCGAGAUAAUCUGCAAACUGUUCCAUUACAAACAAUUCCAUACGGAGAUGGUAAACAAAUAAUUGAUAUUUGGGGUAAUGAAUUCGAGAGUACUAAAGCAUUGGCAUUGUUUCAUGGUGGUUACUGGCAGGAAGGAGAUCGGAAACUGUUUACGAGUCCGGUAAAAGCGCUUGUUGACAACGGUAUUGUAGUAGCUUGUAUUGGAUAUGAUUUUGCUACUACCAUUUGUUUAAAUGACGUGAUAGAACAGGGAGCAAAAGCACUUCACUUUUUAGCAAAACGUUGGCCUUGGAAGAGAUUAUCGGUUGGAGGACAUAGCGCUGGGGCGCAUUUAGCCAUCUCUGCAUUAAAGCGCACAAUGGAUGCGCAUCGAUACGAAAAAAUUGUACUCUUUUCUGGUAUCUAUGAUCUUAAACCUUUAUUGGAUACAUAUAUUGGAAAAGCAAUCAAUUUAAGCUUAGCUGAAGCUGAAACUCUCAGUAUUACUAGCUUGGAUGAAAUGUCGGUAGAAUUAUUGGCUAUUGUUGGUGCUGAUGAAUCACCAAAGUUCAAAGAGCAAAGCCAGCAUAUUGUCGAGAAUUACGUGAGUAAACGUUAUCCGAUGACAAUAUCAGAUUGUUACAAGAUUUCAUUGCCUACAAUGAAAGAUAAUCGAAAUCGAACUGAUAAGACGCAAUCUUCAAUGGAAAAUGUAUUGGUGGAACAGAAGGAGGAAGAUUCUUUCGCUAAAAAAAGACCAAUAAAACGUCUUGCAAAACGAAGUAUUGAAAUUCGAUUAAAAGCACCGGUGGACAGAGAACGAGAAGAUUACAAAACACUAAAAGGAAUUAAACUACCAAUGAGUGAUGCAAUGAGCGAUGUUGAACUCGAGAAAUGA